AUGGCCUCAACCAUCGUCAGUGCCACCACAUGCCGGGCAGCCUACGCCGUGGCCUUGAUCUCCAUCACUGCGGUCGCGCCCACGCUCGCGUCGGCCACGUCGCUCGGCCCGCUAUCGACGGGUCUCGCCCUCGAUGCUAUCGCCACGGCGAUUGUGUAUGCCUUCUCGUUUGCGAGCAACAACUCGUCUGUGUACGACCCCUUCUGGUGCGUCCUGCCGCUGUGGCUCGGGUUCUUCUUCAAGAGCCUCGCGCCUGGUGGCGUCUGGUUCUACGAGCCGCGCGAGACGCUCGUGCUGGUCCUGCUGUGGGCGUGGGCGGUGCGCUUCUUUGUGGCGAUUCCGUGGGACGGCUGGACGGUGGGGCUGGAGCGCGAGGACUGGCGGUACGCCGACUUCCGCGCGAAGCUGCCUUCUCCAGCGUACUGGGCCUUCUCCUUCUCCUCGCUCCACCUCACGCCGACGCUGCUGGUGUGGGCGGCGCUCGCUCCGGCGUCUCGCGUGCUGCUGCAGGGCACCGCGGCGCCGCCGCUCAACACGCUCGACGCCGCCGCCGCGCUGCUGGCCGGCGGAGGCAUCCUGCUCGAGGCCGUCGCCGACGCGCAGCUCUCUCGCUUCCGGCGCGACCGCGGCGGGCGGGACAGCUGCGCCGUCGGGCUGUGGAGGUGGAGCCGCCACCCAAACUACUGCGGCGAGUGCACCUUUUGGUCGGGCCUGCUCGGCUUCGGCUUCAGCAGCGGCGCCGCGCAGGCCGAGCCGCUGCUCGCCGUCGGUGCGCCGCUGAUGUGGCUCUUCUUCCGUGCCGCCUCCGUGCCCCUCAUGGACGGGCGCUCGCAGAAGCGGCGCCGUGGCUACGACGUGAUCAUGCGGGCGGACGAUCCGCUCGCCGAUCCCUUCCCGCCCAGUUUCGACGGCGCAUCCGCCUGGCCGGACGCAUCCGACGAGCGCGGCGAGCCGGCGCUGGGCUCGCGCGGCGUCACCUUUGCUGACGAGUCGCCUUUGCCGGACCUCGACCGCCCGCCGCUGCCGACCUCGCCAGAGCGCUCUGAAGUUCUCCCGCAGUCGCGGCACGGCAAGAACCUGCGGCGGGCGCUGCGGUGCGGGCUGUGCACCGCCGUCUUCUGCUCGCUCGUCGGCUCCGUCCUCCUCCUCGAGGCUCUCCUCCUCGCGACAGACUCCGUCUCUGCCGGCGGAAGCAACGUGACGCUGGAGUACGCGCGCAAGUCGCUUCGCUCAAAGAUGGACAACGUGGUGGUGACGUCGGCGUGCUUCCUCUGCCUGCUCAUGCUCGCCGGCCACCAGCUGCGCCGCACCUCGCGCGUGCUGAGGGCGCUCCACCUCCUUGCCUCGGGAGCUGCGCUCCACCUCCCCGCCUCGGUGCUGGGCGGCUUCGUCGGCUGGGUCUUCUUUGCCUGCGUCGACUUGGUCGCCCCUCCGGGCACCUCUCUCAUGGAGGACUGGUUCUCGGAGCACCUCAUCUACGGCGUCCUCGUCGUCUUUGGCCAGUACGCCGUCUCGGCGGCACUCACCGCCUCGUACGGCGCCUCCCUACCCCCCUCCUUCGCCGCGGUGAUGCCGUACGGGCACGCGGGGGCGGACCUCUUCGUCGACGUCGGCCACUACCCGGAUGGCUUCGACCUCUCCCUCGCGGCAGCCAUCCUCGGCAUGUUCGUCGGCGUCGUCGCGGGCGCCGUCCUCGUCAACGUCGCGCCGCUGGCGAACUCGCUGCACGUCGUCGCGCCGCCGCACCGCCCAAACUCCUCGAGCCGCGCCGAAGAGAGAGGCAGCGCAGGCACGCCUGGCCGGAGGGCGGGGCUGCUGCGGCGCGCGCGCGCGUCGAUGACCGAGCUCGUCGCGUUGGCGCCGGAGAGCGACCACUACGCUCCGCACCGGCGGGCACGGCUUCCUGCCGCCGAGCAGACGGUGUCCGUCGAGUCGCUCGACUCACUGAUGUUUCACAUCUGCCUCGUGAUGCUGGUGAUGUUUUGCGGCUACUUGCUGCGAGUCCCGAUCGUGCUACUCGAGCUCGCCUUCCCCGCAGGCACUCUCGCGCUCCAGUCCGUCGUCGACUCGCACUUCACCGACCACCGCUCCGGCAAGUCCUUUAUCGACCGCGAGACGAUCGUCCGCGUCUCAAACACGGCGCACGGCCUCCUCAUCCCCGCCGCCAUCUCCCGACAUCUCCUCAGGACCUCCUCAUCACCACCGCCAUCGCGCGGCUCGGACGAUCUGGCCUCCCCCCGCCUCCCCCCUGGCGUGACGGGGCUCGGACCCUUCUUCAGCAUCAUCGCGGAGACGUGGGCGCCCUUCGCGCUCGUCUCCGGGCUGGUGUGGGGCGUGCUCUCCUUUUGGCUCAUCGCGCCGCGCCUGCUGCCCGACCACUGGGCCGAGCGCGCCCUCGUCGAGUUCGGCCUGCUGCUGCUGCGGAUGGCGGACCCCAACGACGCCACGCCCGUGCUGCGCGACUUCACGUGCAAGCAGAUCUUCCACGUGCUCAUCACCGGAGGCGGCUUUUUAAUUAACUGUAAUCAACUCCACGUGCUCAUCACCGGAGGCGGCUUCUUCGACGUCCUCGUCCCGAUCCCGCUCUCCGCCUCGACGCAGUCGGCGCUCCCCCUCCUCGUCGUCUCCCUCCUCUCCAUCGCCCUCUUCCUCCUCUGCCACCCCGCGGUGCAGCGCGCCUGCCGCCGCCGCCUCACCCGCUCGCCCGCCCGCCGCCAGCUCUCCGCCCCGUCGGCCCGCCGCUCGCCUCGCGAGAUCUCGCUCACCCUCGAGGGCCAGCCACGCGUCACCGAAGGCGACAUGCGAGCUCACGGCGCCGCGCUCUCGCUUGGAGCAGCCGCCUCGCCGCAGCACGACGCGGAGGCGGGACGGGAGGACUUUAGCGAGGUCCUCCCCGCCCUCCCUGCUCCCUUCUUGAUCGCGGGCUGGUGUGAGGUGUGGCGCAGGUACUCUUGGUUCGACACCCACACCAACAACCAGAACUAUGAAAAGUUGCGCACGAGUGAGCUCAUCUUUGAUGCCAACGAAUCGGUGGCCGUGCCCGUCGGCGAGACUUACGCGCGCCUGUGA